AUGUCCCACCGAUCCAUCGACCGUCCAUCUCCGGAAGGUGGGACUGCGGCAGGGAUAUUGGUCCAGACGUCAGACGAGAGCCUGACGGUGUGCGAGGGUGGUGAUGGCAGGCGAAUGGAGAGUUACAAUUGA